AUGAUUAUAUUGGAUAAAUUUUAUAAAUCCUCAUUUUUCGAAAUCAUCUGUGUUUUGCAAAUGGGUUUCGCAACAAUGUUUAUCUUUACUGGCUUCAAUACUCAUUGUCUCUUUGUUACACCUGUUUUGCAUUCAAUUUAUGGAAGAGAUCCGACAAGAAUUGAUAAAUAUGCUGGAUAUUAUGGGCAAUCAUUGGAUUAUAUAUUAUUUUCCGUUGGAAUUAUAUUUGCACCAGCUAUGGUACUUUAUAUAAAUGGAAAAUGGUUAUUAUUCCUAGGAAGUAUAUGCUUCACGAUAUAUCUAUUCAGUUUCUUGUAUAUCAAUCGAAUUUUCUUUUAUUUUUCUUCAGCAUUAGCUGGACUCGGAUUCGCAUGUAACUUUUUAUAA